CAAAGGUGACAUUAAUAUGGGGUAUCUGAAAGAAAUUGACGUGGAGAACUUCAAGUCAUGGAGAGGAAAACAAGUUAUCGGUCCUUUCAUGAGAUUUAAUUGUAUAAUUGGCACAAAUGGCUCCGGCAAGUCCAACGUGAUGGACGCCCUGAGUUUUGUGAUGGGGGAGCGGGCUGGCUCUCUCCGGGUGAAGCACCUCAGAGACCUGGUCCACGGAGCCCACAUCGGGCAGCCUGUGGCGGACUCCACUCGAGUCGCGAUGCGGUACUGCGACGAUGAAGACCAGGAGACCGUCUUCUCCAGGACCAUCCAAGGUGACUCCUCUGAGUAUCGGAUCAAUGGUAGACAUGUCAGCCUUUCCAAAUACAUUGAGGAGUUAAACAAGAUUGGCAUCGUGACCAAAGCUCGAAACUGUCUGGUGUUCCAGGGGACAGUGGAGUCGAUAGCACUGAAGGACCCAAAGGAGAGGACCAAGAUGUUCGAGACAAUUAGUCAGUCGAGAGAAUAUGCUGCAGAGUAUGAUAAGAAGAAGGAGGCCCUGCUGAAAGCCAAAGAGGAUACACAGUUUCAAUUCAAUAAAAAGAAAUCUGCCACCAUCGAGAGGAAACAGGUUUCCCAGGAAAAAAUGGAGGCCCAAAAGUACCAGGCACUUGUGGAUGAACUCUACCAAAACCGCCUGCAGCUGAGCUUGGCUGAGCUCUACCAUAAUGAGAAGGGCAUCAGUGCCCUCAGCGACGCCCUGAGGGAGAAACAGCAGGCGGCAGCUGUCAAAAACAAUAAACUGGUGAAGGCGGAAAACACGGUCAAAACUUGCAAGAAAGAACAUGGACGCCUCACCAGAGAGCUGCAGCACAUGGAGAAGGAUUUCCGCACCCAGGAGCAUAUCCAGUCCCAGUGUCAAUCCCAGUACAUCAAAGCAAAGGUGAACACCUCCCAUCACACGAAGAAGGCUCAGGAGGUCCAAGAUGCCCUGAGGAAAAGUCAGAAGCUGAUGGCAAUUAAAGAGCAGGAGAUGGCAGAGGGACGGCAGGAGAUCGCUGAACUGGAGAUGACCUGGAGGAGCUAUGAGAAGCAGGCACAGGAGAAGGGAGCUUCCCGGGGGAGAGACAUCGACCUGGAUGAGGAUCAGCUGGAACGAUACAAAGAGUUGAAGGAGCUGGCUCGAAAGCAGGGGGCUGUUUUCAACCAGCAGGCAGAGAAGCUGCACUGGGAGGUCAGAGCAGAUUAUGAAAAAAUGGCCUUCGACCAGCGCCGAAAGAAGGAAGUGGAGGCUGCUAUUAAGAGCAACCUGACUCAGCUGGAAGACUUUACACGCAGAGCAGACGUGCUAGAGGAGUACACCAAGACCAGCAAGUCAUCCCUUGAAGAGUACCGUCAGCAGGAGGAAAGUUUGAGUGCGGAGCUGCAGAAAGGCCACCAGCGCCAAGCAGAGGUGAACCAGGAGCUGGGUCAGUUGCUGGAGGAGCUGGGGAACGCUCGUCUGGACAGUCAGGAGAGCAGACGCCAGGUGCAGCGCAAAGAGCUGCUAGAGCGGCUCCACAGACUCUACCCGGAUACAGUGUACGGGCGCCUGUCUGACCUGUGCAGCCCCAUCCAUAAGAAGUACCAGCUGGCUGUCACCAAGGUGUUUGGACGCCACAUGAACGCCAUUGUUGUGGCCACAGAGAAGGUGGCUCGUGAGUGCAUCCAGUUCCUGAAGGCGGAGCGAAACGAACCUGAGACCUUCCUGCCCAUUGACUACUUGGAGGUGAGUCCGCUGAAUGAGCGACUGAGGGAGGUGCCCGGGGCCAAGAUGCUGGUCGAUGUUAUCCAGGUUAACACCUCUGCUGUAGCAGCCCAGUUGAGGAAGGUAGUCCAGUUUGUCUGUGGCAACGCCCUGGUGUGUGAGAACAUCAAAGAAGCGAAGAGCGUAGCCUUUGACAGGCAGGAACGCUUGAAGACGGUAUCUUUGGACGGGACGCUGUUUGCAAAGUCUGGUAUCAUCUCUGGAGGCUCUAGUGACCUGCGGUACAAAGCUCGAUUCUGGGAGGAGAAAGAGAUGAAGCAGCUGAUUGAACGAAAACAUCAGCUGACGGCAGAGUUACGCGUGAUUUUAAAUUCAUUUUGUGAAAUCCUUGAUUUGAUGAGGCUGAAGCGAAAGGAGUCAGACCUGAAACAGAUCACUGCUCAGGCUCGGGGUGUUCAGACCCGCCUCAAAUACUCCAAAGCUGAGCUGGAAAACCUUCGGAAGAAAAACAUCCUGAAAUGCCAGGCGGAGAUUUCUCGUAUGGAGAGUGAAUUAGCAAAUCUGGACUCUCAGAUCCAGAUGCAGCAGGAGAGUGUGGAUGCAAAGGAUUCCCAGAUGAAGAAGAUCAGAGACCAGAUCGACCAGAUGGAGGACUUGGUGUUUUCUGACUUCUGUGCUGAGAUCGGUGUGGACAGCAUCAGAGAGUACGAGCAUGAGCACCUGAAACAUCAGACAGAGCUUGACAAGAAGCGACUGGAGUUUGAGAGUCAAUGCACUCGUCUGAAAGCACAGCUGGAGUACGAGCAAGAUCAAUUAAACAAGCAGAAGAAGAAGCUCGCCAACUUGGAGGAAACCAUCGCAAAGGAGCAAAGAUUCUUGGCUGAAAAAAGAAAGGAUGAGGAGAGGCUGCUGGUGGCCGUGGAGGAGGGUCAGAACAAGCUGCUGGAGUUGAAGAACCAGCUGCUCUCCAAGAAGAGUCAGGUGUCUGAUGUCAAAGCUGAGCUUGACCAGAAAACCCAGAGCCUCCAACAAAUCAACAGAGAGUUGGUGAAGCUCCAGCGGGAGGUGAUGACUGCAGAGUCGGCCUUGGAGCAGAAACGCCUGGCCAGACACAACUUACUGCUGGCCUGCAAGAUCCAGGGUCUGCCCAUCAUUCUGCUGUCUGGGAAUCUGAAUGAAAUCAGUCAGGUGCAGCUGGACACUGAAUCUGAGAGCACUUCGGCCACCAUGGACAUCUAUGAGAGAGAGGCCCUACUGGUCCUCGACUACUCUGGCCUGGAGGCAGAUCUCAGGGGUUUGCAGGCUGAGGAGGAGGUGGAGGCCUACCUGGAGAAGAUGAAGGAGUCAGUGUCCGCUGUCGAAGAAGUGCUGCUUCGCACUUCUGCACCAAACCUCAAAGCUCUGGAGAUGAUAAGGGAGGUGAAGGACAAGUUACUGGGAGUGACAGAAGAGUUUGAGGCCAGCACCAAAACAGCUAGAAAAUGCAGCCAGGAGUUUGAGCAAGUGAAAGCCCGGCGCUUCCAACUCUUCAGCCAGUGCUUUGAACACGUCUCUAUCGUCAUCGAUCAGAUCUACAAAAGAAUAUGCAGGAACAGCAGUGCCCAGGCCAUUCUGAGUGCAGAGAAUCCAGACGAGCCGUACCUUGGCGGCAUCAACUACAACUGUGUGGCGCCAGGAAAACGCUUCAUGUCCAUGGACAAUCUGUCAGGGGGAGAAAAGGCCAUCGCUGCCUUGGCUCUGCUGUUUGCCAUCCACAGCUUCCGCCCUGCGCCCUUCUUCGUCUUGGACGAGGUGGAUGCAGCCCUAGACAACACAAACAUCGGCAAGGUGACCAGUUUCAUCAGAGAGGAGUCGAGGCAGAACAUGCAAAUCAUCGUCAUCUCCCUGAAGGAAGAGUUCUUUUCAAAGGCCGACGCUUUACUCGGAGUCUACUCAGAUUUUGAUGAAUGCAUGCUCAGCCGCAUUCUGACCCUUGACCUGCGACCUUACCCUCUCGUUGAAGAGGAAGAUGGGAAGCUGGCAGAAAAGGAGAAAUCCAUGACUGUGUAGUUUGAAAUUGUCUUCAUUGAGUCCUUGCAUUUGUGUGUUCUGCAUUUUGUUCA